AUGAUUUUUGGAAGAGUUUUCUCACGUUCUUUGGCUGCUAGUGCCAAGGCUGGCAUCAAGCCACCUGUUCAGUUGUUUGGUUUAGAUGGAACCUAUGCAACAGCACUUUUCACUGCAGCUUCAAAAUCUUCCUCGGUAGAAUCAGCUGCUAAGUCUUUAGCUACUUUAACUCAAACUGUUGAAAAGGAUCCAAAGUUGAAAGAAAUUUUGUUAAAUCCAGCAUUAUCUGCACAGGACAGAAAUUUGGUUGUCAAGACUCUCUCACAGCAAGCACGCAUAGACAGCACUGUUGCCAAUCUAUUAAGUGUUUUGGCAGAAAAUAACAGGCUGGAUCUCUUCACAAAGGUUGGUACACAGUUUGCGACUUUGACUGAUGCUUACAAUGGAUUAGUUAAGGCAACCGUCAUCACGGCUCAACCGUUGGAUGUCAAGUCUUUAAAGAGAAUUGAAAAGGCUGUAGGCCAAUCCAGCUUGGUUGGUCAAAGCAAAACUUUGAAGUUGGAGAACUCCGUUAGACCAGAAAUCCAAGGUGGUCUAAUUGUUGAAAUUGCAGACAAGACAGUAGAUCUAAGCAUUUCUUCGAAGAUUCAAAAAUUGAAUAAGGUAUUGGAAGAAUCUAUUUAG